CCGCUCUCCGCCCGCCCUCAGCCGAAGAUGGCGGGUGCCGGCCGCGUCUGGCGGGUCGGAGCGCUGCCGCUGCCGCCAGCCUGGCGGCUGCGGGCCCCGGGACGAGCCUUCGGCGGCGCGGCGGGACGGGGAGGCGGCGGCGGCCGCCUGGUGCUGGGCGCUGCGUUCGCGCUGGGCGGCAGCGCCGGGCUGUGCCUGGCGGCGCGGCAGCGCCUGCGGGAGCACUCGGCCGCGGAGCUGCCUGCAGGGAGCCUGCAGCUCACUCUCUACCAGUAUAAAACGUGUCCUUUCUGCAGCAAAGUCCGAGCUUUUCUUGAUUAUCAUGGACUACCCUAUAAAAUUGUGGAAGUGAACCCAAUCAUGAGGAAAGAGAUCAAAUUCUCUUCCUACAGAAAGGUGCCCAUCCUGCUAGCUAAUGCUGGGAGCCCUCUGCAAUUGAACGACUCCUCGGUGAUAAUCAGUGCAAUAAAGACCUAUCUUGUUUCCAGGAGGAAUAGCUUAGAAGAAAUUGUGUCCUUUUAUCCAGCUGUUAAAACGGUGACUGAGCAAGGCAAGGAGGUGCUUGAGUAUGAGAAUAAAUACUGGCUCAUGCUGGAUGAGAAGGAGACCAAGAGAGUCUAUCCUGUCAAAGAAGUGAGAGUGGAAGAAAUGAAGUGGAGAAAAUGGGCAGAUGAUUGGCUUGUUCACCUCAUCUCCCCCAAUGUUUACCGCACCCCCAAAGAAGCCUUGGCAUCCUUUGAUUACAUUGUCCGUGAGGGGAAGUUUGGCACCUUGGAAGGUCUCUUUGCCAAAUACGUGGGGGCUGUUGCCAUGUUCUUCGUAAGCAAGAGGCUGAAGAAAAGACACCAGCUUCGAGAUGAUGUCCGAGAAGAUUUGUAUGAAGCAGUUAAUGAGUGGGUGAAAGCUGUUGGCAAAAAUCGACUGUUCAUGGGCGGGAACCAGCCAAACCUCGCUGACCUGGCAGUGUACGGGGUACUCCGGGUCAUGGAAGGGCUGGAAGCCUUUGAUGACAUGAUGGUUCACACCAAAAUUCAACCUUGGUACCAGCGCAUGGAAGAAGUCAUUGAAAAAACUGGAGUUGCAAUCUGAUGCCAGCUGCAGCUGCCUCCCUGAAGUACUUGCAUGGUGAAAACUUCAGAAGAAAUGGCUUUUAUUUUUAGAGUUGACUGAUUACACCUAAUGGACUGACAUGUGGGCACAGAGACCACCCUGUUCAGAACAUCAAGUCGCUGUGAGAGAGAAGUCCAACUGGGUGUUUGUAGAAGGAUGGGGACAGGUAAAAGAAAGGGAUUUUGGAUGCUGCUGGAAAGGAGAUGCUCUGAACUGGAGAAUGCAGCAAAAAGGCUUCUUUCAGAGAAGAGAUAUCUUCAGAGCAGGCUACUGUAAGAGCAGGAUGCUCGUGGCUGGUGUUAUGGCUGUGUCACAUGUGGUAGACCUGACCAGCUUUUGCCUCAGGCUGUCUCCUGCUACUCAUCCAUGUCAGCUGACAUGUUUUCCUGACUGAGACACUGGAUACUGGUUUUUAAGUAACAAUAUUUCCUGCAAUAAAAUCUUGUAAACCUAGUGCUAAGGGAACGGGAGGAAUCUGCAGUUCUGGAGAAGGCACCCUUCCUCUGACAGCAGUGAGGCUGCGCUCAGCAAGGCAUCUGCUUUCACUCUUCCAUGUAAACGGUUCUCUCAGGAUUUGAUUCUGUACGCUCUGCAAGGAUAAAGGCUGGCUUUAUUCUGUCCCCUUUGUGAGAUCUGAGUUCUUAUUUUACCCUUUACACCCAAAGAACAUGGCCUACAAUGAAAUCGCAAAUGCAGAGCAGUUAUUGGAAAGGCUUGUUUUGCAUGAGAUACCUCUGGAAUAUCCCUGAGGAUCAGUUUGUUCUUGUUUUAGGAAAAAAAGGAUUAAGAGCCAUCUGCAUGGCCAGGGGAUCUCUAGAUGUUUCUAUCAUGCAAGAGUAACAAAGGAUUGCUGAUUUCGCAGUCAGAUUAGGAGCUGUACCUGCAGCUAAGUCUUCCGAGUUGUGCUGGGUAGAAUCAUAGAAUGGUUUGGGUUGGAAAGGACCUUAAAAACCAUCUUGCUCCAACCGCUGCCAUAGGCCAGGUUGCUCCAAGCCCUGUCCAACCUGACCUUGAACACUUUUAGGGAUGGGACAGCCACAGCUUCUCUGGUCAAGCUGUGCCAGUGCCUCCCCAUCCUCACAGGAGAAGCCACUGCCCCUUGUCAAAGGCCCUCUCUAGCUGCAGAAACCAUAUUUUUCAUAGCAAGAGACAAUGCAGGUUCAAAUGUGAGUGAUCCUCUGCACAGCCCAAGUAUCCUUAACUACCACUCUGCUUAAGUUCUGUUUCCCUGGAAGAACAGGCAGGUUUCAGGGAAUCUGAUUUGUUGUGAUAUUUCAGGUGCAGCUGAAGUUGGUCUGUAAUACAAGUGCUUGCCCAAUGUGUGUUCAGGGAGGUUAUAACAAUGGUGGUGAUAGAGGUUUGGGUUUUUUCUGAAUGGAAGACUAAUUCCAAAUUCAGUUAUGAUCUGACAUUGAAGGGAGAAAGAAAAUGUUUACAGUACAAAUGGCUGCAUGGCUGCUCUGACUUGUAUUUCUUUAAACUGUUCUGUACUGAAACUUGUGUUCCACAGUAUCAUCAGGCAAUGUUCUUUUAAAGAAUUAUAUUGAGCAUGCAUAAACAGGAGGUUGAAAAACCCUUGAUGAUAAUUUCAGCAUCCACCUCAACCUGAGAGGGAGGAAGAUUUUCAUGUUAAAUGAGGAUCUGAAGCACCAAGGGCUCAGUGAUUCCACUUCUUGCUGUGCUGUGCUACGUGAAUCAGUCAUCUCAAGAUGAAUAUCCAUAACACUAACAUGCCAAUAAUAUUACAUUAAAUAAAGAUUGUUUCAGGAUUUUGUA